AUGGCAACGGAACCGCCGGCUACCGGGCCUCCAACGGCGGAGGACUUUGACAAGGCGCUGACUCGCAAGGACUUGACACAGCCGCUCACGGAAACGUCCUAUACUGCAAAGCAUAGUAACCUGUGGCAGACACUCCUUAAGGAGAACUCGGAGAAGGGCAAAGACACGAAAAAUAAUGACAUACAAGUUUUUCCCGGAAAUUUCGGCUUUAUCAUGCCCCAAAAAUUCGUCAACCUAUGGAUCCGGGACAUGGCUGCCCACAAGGACCCCUCUGACAGGUCGAUAGUCCUCGUCGACUGUCGUACGAGGAAAGAAUACGAGGGCGGCCAUUUACGAUCCGCCAAUUCCCUUGCCAUGGACCAUGCUCCAUUUGAUCCCAAAGGCGACAAGUUGUACGAGGAGGGUGGCUGGGACCGCCAUGUCAAGCUUGACGCUCCCAAGGAGGAAGCAGUCGAUGGAAUCAAAGGACCACCAGAUAAGAAUAAUUGCAAAACGCUCCAGAAGCUGCUCGCGCUCAAAGGCCGCCCUGUUCUGGUUGUCUUUUACUGCCAGUCGGCCACCAUCCGUUCGCCUUGCGCCGCCGCAUGGUACGCCAACAAGUAUGUGCUUCCCAACAAGUAUCCGAACAAGCAAGCAGCGGAGCUGCUCGACAAGCAGUAUAUUGCGGUGCUUCACGGCGGCAUCUCAUCGAUAGACGGAGCUCUAAGACUUAUCAAGGGCAAGGACAGUAAGGACGAGGCGAAAGAGAAGGAUCAAGACAAGUAUUACCAUAAGGAGAACAAGGAGUUGCCUUGCCCAUGUACCACGGAGCAGAUGGAGUAAGGGCUGGGUCAAGAGGGUGGGAGGAGCGUGCUAUGUACAGCCAUUGGCUCCGUGUGGUGUUUGUUCUUGUGAGGGCCUUGACUUGGAUGCUGAUAUUCCUAGUGGGUUGCGGGGGCUUUGUUAUGACACUUCAGGCAGUCAGGCAAAUGCACUUGUGCUUGAUGCUCUAAUGUUUGGAGGAGAUGUAUACACUGCAACGGCCCGACACCUCAACUGAGGUGGAGAUCUCAGUCGGUCACAGUUGACGUCCUUGACUUGGCAUCGAUCAGAAGCCGCCUAACGCGGCCUAAGCAGAUGUCAACCUCGCCCUCGUGCUCAGUGCCUCCUUCAACGCCCAUCUUGGCCCUUACACAACCAAAAGGACGGAUCCCAGGGAAGCGCCCAAGGGAACUUCCAGUCGGUC